AUGCAUCAGGCCAGGGGCAGCCGGAAGGGGCAGCGGUUCUCCAUGACGCACGCUUCGAGAGAGAACCGCUUCGCUGCAGUCAAGGCCGCCUUGAGGAAGCAAAGCCUGACGUUCGAGCCGUACUCGGAAGAGGUGAUCCACGCCCUGUGGGGGGAGCUCCAGGACAGGCACGCACAGGGCGUGUACUGCAUGCUGAGGAAAGGUCUCCAGAACGCUCUUCUCGUCCGGCUUGCCCGGCCCCUCGACGGCGGGCGCAUGAGCAAGAACAAGGUGAACAAGAUCUUCCAGGUGCUGAUCCGGUCGUGCUUCGUGCUUCACUCUCGGGGGGGGCACGUGGACGACGUCGAGCACGACGGGGGGUUUCCCUGCCAGCGCGGGCCAGGGGCGGUCACCACCGCCGCUGCUGCCGUCGGGAACGGCAGCAGCGGGGCCGGCGGCAACAACAACCACAACGGGAGCGGCUGCCGGUACGGCAGUUCUCGCGCCGCGAGCCCUGGCGCCACCGGCGGCGGUGACAGCGGCGGGGAGGCCGCGGCCGGUCCCUCCCAGCAGCCGUUCUCGCUGGACACGGAGAUGGACUGGACCGCGACCGGCGAGCUGGUGCCGCGGCGACACCUGACGCUGGCCCCUUCCGCUAGCGUAGCCGCGGCCGCAGCCGAGUGGGAAGGUUGCUACGCCUGGGCGAGAUCCAAGGCGGUAGCGGUUACCCCCGAUGAGAAGCGGGCCUGCGCCGGCAGCGCCGGCAGCGGCGACUCGGACCUCAGCCUCACCCCCGAGGAGGCGAGGGUGUUCAGCAGGACCGGCAUCCUCCCGUGCGCCGCUUCGUCUCCCCCGGUGCGGCCCUCCUUCCGCGCGGCGGUAACGACGGCGGCAGCGGCAGCGGCGGCGGCGGCGGCGGCGGCUGGCGGCGGAGGAGGAGGUGGCGCGGCCUACAACUUUCCGUCGCAGAGUGCUGACAGGGACAUCCUUCGGAGGCUGAGCCUGUCCCCCGCAAGCGCUAAGAGGGACCUCCGCAGAAGCGUUUCCAGCGAAGACCUCCUGGCCGGACUCCGGAUACGGAUGGAUGAUCUCGACGUUGGCGGGGAACAAGAUGGUCCCGACUUUCCCUUUGGACCCGAGGGGGAGGAGGCAAUGAUGGCGGGCGACUCGCACGGAGGCAGGAGCGCCCCGGGAGACCACGUGGGCGUCGGCCUCAUGUUCGAUGAUACCCCCCGAGAUGGCAUGACGCGGGCGAGCACCGCCGCCCCUAGCUCCGCCCGAGGUACUACCGCUUGCGAGGGCAGCCGCAGCAUCGGUAGCGGGGGCCAAGGCCACCCGGCUAGCGGCGACGGCGGCGGCGGCGGCGGCGGCGGGAGGGGGGUGGGAGGGUUCGAGCAAGAGGAGGACGAGUCGUCGGCGGGUGCGGUGUGCGAGCUGCGCGAGGACGUGGGUUCGGUGGAGGAGGUGAUUUUGACCCACAACGCCUUCAUCCGGAAGGUGGCCUCGGAGGCUGGGAUACGGCUGCCGGCUGGAGAGUGGGCGGCGUUCUUCGGGUACGACCAGCCGGUCUCGGCGGAACUAGAGGCUGCUCGAAGCCGUCCCGCCCCGCCCCUGCCCCCCCCGCAAGCGGACCCACUCGGGUACAUGAACAAGGACCAGCUGAACAAGUUCCGCACAGCUUGGUGCACCCGGUCCCACCCCCACGUGGAGGAGUUCUGCGAGCACGGACACGAAGAGGUGAACCACGGCUGGCUGCGGCGGGACCCGAGCAAGCACCCCUACCUGCCCCGACUGUGCGAGAGGGUCAUCCUGCCCGGUCCGGGGGGGGAGUACCUAGACGACUGCGCGAGGGGGAGGUCAUGCCCGAACGCACACAGCCUGGAGGAGAUCCAGUACCACCAUCAGUCGUACAAGACCCAGGUGUGCCCGCACGGCAGCAAGUGUCGCUCCAAGGCUUUCUGCCCCCACGCCCACAUCCUGGGAAGCGACAACGACAUCGCCAGCGCGGCGGCCGCGGCCGCGGCCGCGGCGGGGGCGGCGGCAGGAGGGGGAAGUGCUGCGAAUAGGCCGUCUUCCGGCCUUUGGCGGUCCUCCUCCUCUUCUUGCUCCGCUUCUCCCCGACCUUGCUCUGUUGAUGACGGUUACGGGCGUGGUGGCAGCGGCGCUGUCGGGGGUGGCAGGGUGGCGGAGGAAGGGUGGCAGACGGUGGCGAGGAGGGGGAGGAGGGCGCCGAGUCCAGCGGAGAGCGAGAUUCGGAUGGCGGGAUGA